AAUAUUUUUAUGUAGAAAGAAAAAAAAUUAAAUUAAAAAUGACAACAGAUACACAAUGUGAAGAGAAAAAACUCAACCAAAUCGAAGAUGAAACCUUAAGGCAGUUAUUGGUAUUAGAAAAAGAAUUUCGCGAACAUAAUGCACUAAUGAAGAAUGAAAUGCAAUUGCAAAAUGAAUUGGUAGCAAGAAUAUGGAUAUUAUCACAAAGAUACAUUCUCCUGGAAAGCACGGGCCCUUGCUGUCGCUACCCGGAAAUCUAUACUGGUCCAGCUGAAGAUACCCUAUUACAGGAAUUCACAGAGAAAUUAAAACAAAUAAGAAGUUCCAAUUGUCGCAUUAGCAGUUCUGUAACUGAACUCCGGAAAUCCUGUCUUGUUUUUGAUAACCUAUGCGCCCAAUUGGACAUGAAAAUUGAAAGUCCCCUAAUAAUUGGCGAUGCUUUUCACAAACCUAUAUCAUAUUUUAUAGAAUUAGUUAGUGAUAUAUUUAAAUAUUUCAAUGCCUGGCUGCUAAAACUAAGAUAUUCUUCACAUCAGUUUGAUCCAUUUAAAAUAGAAGGCAUAGAAAACUAUAAAAAACUGAUAGAAAUAUCGGAAGACUUUGAAGAAUACCUAAAUGUUGGUUUGGCCUACUGCAAAUGUCUCCGGCCUAAGGCAAGAUGUUGACACAUAGAAAACUUAUUUAAUGAGUUACCAAGAAUCCUUCCGGCAAUAACAAAUAAUUAUGUUAAUCCUGUUUAUGUUACAUUGUAAACUGAGCAUUAGUAUUGUAAUUCCAUUUCAAUAAAAAAUAAAAUAUUUUUUCACUUGAAUUAACUAACACA